CACACACACAUGGACUCUGAAGAAUGAUUUUCUCUGUGCACACUCUCUCCAAAGGUCACACUGGAUUUAUCAGGUUCAGCCAGGCAUUACUGCAGGCAAAGCAACACAGGCACACUUCCCCUGAGUGUGUGACUCAGUCCAACCCUCAGACCUGCUCAUUAGGAUUUGUCGAAAUCUAAACAUGAUCACACUUUCAAUACAGGUCUGAAGAUGGACGGCGUCCUGGAGGCGACCAUCGCGCUGUGCGGAUGCAAAGUGCUGUGCAGCAUUCUGUGUCUUCCCGCGUUCAAAGGCUCCAUCUCCUCCGUCAGCCUGUGCUGUGUUUGCCUCUUACUCUUCACCGAUCUCUCAAUCACCAUGUUCCUGGUGUACCUUUGGUCCGCCGCACCCAGACCGGUGUUUUUUCACCCGUCCUCUGAUGUCAUCGCCCUGCGCUUCAUGCUGUUCCUCAGUGAUGUGUACGAGGCCGUGUUGAUGCUGAUCCCGCUGCUGGUGGCUGUGGAACUGCUGGUUCGUCUCUUAUGGGGCAGAGGGACUCUAAUUCCGGUAACGGAUGAACAGAUGUUUGUAAAGGAUAUUAACGGAGAUACCUGGGAGACUGAAAUCCAGCAGAAAGGGGAAGAGAAGGAGAACAAGGCAGCCUUCCUAAAAGCUUUAGGUUUCCUUGGUUGCCUAAUGGUGUGGUUCAUGUGUGGGACAUGUGCUGGGUUUACAUGGAAGCAGGAGCAGGUGAUGGUGAGAUCCUGUCUGGAAAGUGGCAGCUUGCUGUCGACGUGCCUCCCCUGCUUUCUCACUGCUUCUUCACCAGUUAACCGGCAACUAUUUUGGGCUCUACCCGCUGCUGUUCUCUUGCUAGCGUCCACUGGUGUUCUGAGUUUUAUCGGAACAAAGCUGACUAAAAGAAUGGUUAAUCCGGAGCUGCUGAAAUGCUCAGAGAACCCUAAUGCUCUCCAACAAACACAAGCACAUCCACACUCUCUUCCUGCUGCGAGCAUCUCACACAAUUGCAAUGUUGACUCAGAAAAGACAGCCAACAGCUGGGCCAUUCACAGCUGGCACAAUGAGCGACCGUGGGCUCACACAAAGCCGGAGCCAUUAUCCUGGAGGACAGAGCUGGCUGACGGCAGUAAAUUAGAAAGAGAAAGCGUCACGCUCGUCCUGCAAGCGAGCAGCACGGCCCUGAACGCUCACCAGAGCCGGCUUUGGCAGACUGUAAGGGAAGGUCCCCGCCUGAGGGGAGAACUAAUCACAGGGCUGCUGUGUGGCCUUCUGGUGUGCGUCUUUCCUACAGUUCUGAGCACCAACAUACUGCUCGUCAGCAACCUGGACACCCUGGCUGUGUACCUGGUGAAACAUCUGCUCACACCACUGCACUGUAAAUGAGAGGUUAAGAGGGAAGCAUGUUCUCGCAGCACACCUCAUGUCGAACGUUCCUGACAUUCCAAGGUUGUUUGUCUGCUGGCAAGUGAAGGAAUUUUAAGGAAAAAUCCCGUAAGAAUGGAUAGGUGAGCGGGAAUGCAAGUCCAUGACCAGGCACCCCACGGACUUGUCCACACCUAGAGACAAUUUAGAGUAGCUAAUUUAUAAUUCCUGGUCAUUCUUUUUGUUUUUGAGGAAACUGAAAAACCCAUGCUUACUGAAUGUGUAGGAAGAACCUACAUAGAAGCUCCUCACAGAAAAAUGUCCCAAACUUGGUGUCAAACCCCCAAGCGUCAAGCUGAGACACCAGCACAAGGGCUUCUGCUCAGGAUUGUUUAAUGUGAUGUUUAACGCGUGAUUGAGUUCAAUGUAGUGAUGCUAAACUGUGUUCUUUGAUUUUGUAAAUUUCAAUAAAUAAUUUCAAGCCUUUAUUAAAUUAAUAGCUGCAUGAGAACUAGAAUGUUAUGAUGUUGAUCUGCUCUUGCAGAUUCGUGUUCCACCGGAGACUUUUUAUGCUGAAACACAGAUUCCCAGAAGGAACACGUUUUAGACAGCAGGUUCGAUGCCUUUAUGAUUUCAUCAGCAUUGAAAACACAUCGAAGCCUAAUUAACUGGGAUGCCGUAAUUGGCUGGUCACAGAUGGCUGUUUAUACGAGCUUGCUCGAACAUACACACACACACACACACACAUGCAAUGCUUGAGUCUCUUAUACGUGUUAAAAUUUUUCAAAGACUUGGAAAACUUUUUUUUGCCUCUUUUGUAGCUGAUAACCCAAACACGCCUGAACGCCUACAGAGGAAGAGAUGUUUUUAUGAAGUACAGUGUUUUUACAGUGAGAUAUUUCUGCAACAGUUUUAUGGAAGGGGUCUCCGGUGUUGGUGCUCUGUACCAGUCAGAGUGAAAGCCGUGAGUAAGUUUUCCAUCAUGCGGUUACUCGAUCACAUGACGAGCUGUGCAAGUGUGUGGAAAAAUAGUGCUUGUGAGGCGACAGAACAGGAACUGACUUUUUUCGUAUGUUCUUGUAGACGGCUAAAUUUCUCAACGUGUGUCUUACUCAUUACUGAAAAAUUGUAAAUGUUGAAAAAUUCCUAUGGUGUAAGAGGAAUAAACACACUGGGAUCCAUCA